AUGACGGUUCCUGUUAUCGACAAUGGUGGAGAUCCACACCUGCCAGUACCAAAGUCUAUCAAUCCCGGGGGCACUCCACAGCCGUCAUGUCGAUCCCAUGGGUCAAUGCAUAACCUCGCCCAAUUACUUGCUAGAGCUGCCGUGACCAAUGAAGGGUUGUCUUUCUAUACAUCUGCGGAUGAGAGCGCCAAGCCCUUUCAUGUCUCGUACGCUGAGCUUCAACAACGUGCAUUGCAAAAAUCCCGCUUACUGAGCAUGAUUGAUCAUGUAUUGGAUUCGUCCAUUGUGUUAUUGCAUUUCGAUACUCAGCUCGAGAUAAUUGAGUGGUUUUGGGCCGCAACGCUCGCGGGACUUUUACCGGCCAUAUCCGGCUCCUUCGUCCACGACGCGGCCCAACGGAUCAAGCAUCUGAACCACCUACAGAAGCUCCUGAAGCAGCCUACCAUCCUUACCUCCGAGAGACUUCUUCCUGAAUUUCAAGGGGUGGAGGGUCUUAGCCUGUGCACCAUAGAGUCAUUGAUCAGCAAAGUUACCAAUUCUCCGGCUGAUACAGGGACGAUCCCUGGGACCACGAAAUGCGCAGAUGAUCCGGCUGUUCUCAUGUUGACAUCUGGCAGCACUGGUAGCGCCAAGGCCGUACCACUCCGCCAUGGGCAGUUGUUGACCGCGGUCCAAGGCAAAAGUACGCAUCAUCUAACCCAGCCUGGAGAUGUGUUCCUAAACUGGGUUGGGCUGGACCAUGUCGCAAGUCUGUGUGAAAUCCACCUACAUGCCGGGAAGUACCCUUGCAUGAGUCUCGGGGCUCAGCAAGUCCACAUCCCCGCGACGGUACUCUUGCAGGAUCCGCUGCGGUUCAUACGCCUGCUUGAUACUCACCGAGUCGCGUACACCUUCGCACCCAAUUUUUUCCUGAAUCAGCUGCGGAAUGCCAUGCUAGCACACCCGCCUGUUAAUAUUGAUCUCUCCUGUCUCAAGCGGAUCAACUCAGGAGGUGAGGCCAACCCAACGGCGACAUGUGAUUCUAUAUCGCGCGAGCUAUGCAAUCUCGGGGCCCGCGGGCCGGUAAUCAGUCCUGGUUUCGGGAUGACAGAGACGUGUGCGGGCGCUGUUCAUGCCCAGCCAAUCCUUGAUACUGCAAAGGAACUGGAAUUCGCGAGUCUGGGAAAGUGCAUCCCCGGAAUGAAGAUGCGGGUGAUGAACCGAGAAUCGAAAGACAAGGAAGUCCCGUGUGGUGAAGUAGGGGAGCUACAGCUUACCGGACCGGUUGUGUUCCAUGGAUACUUCAACGACCCGGCUGCUACAGCUGCCGCAUUCACCGACGAUGGGUGGUUCGUGACAGGCGACUUGGCUUGGCAGGACCAGGUGGGUAAUUUGAACCUUGCCGGUCGUAUCACGGACAUUAUUAUUGUCAAUGGGGUCAAAUGGAGUGCUACGGAGAUUGAAACCGCCAUUGAAGAAGAGGGUAUUCCUGGUCUCAUACCCUCAUUUACUGUCGCUUUCCCGCACCGCCCCGCCGGGUCUCCCACGGAGGAUAUCGCUGUUGUCUACUCCCCAAGUUAUGCAUCCGACGAUGAUGCUGCACGUUUUGCAACGGCCACUGCUAUCUCAAAGACCGUCGCGGCUGUGACAGGCCGGAAACCUGGGCAUUUAGUGCCGCUGCCAGUGGAGAUGCUUGUUAAAACCUCCCUUGGUAAAAUCCCUCGUUCCAAGGUGCGGGCUGCAUUCCAGCGAGGCGACUAUGAGAGCUAUGAAAAAAGAGACAGAGAGGCUAUCCGGGUAUAUGGUCAAUCUAAGCUACGCCAUCCUGAGACCGAGAACGAACGGAAGGUCCAAAGCGUGCUAGCACAAGUCGUUAAUGUUCCUAUGGAGGCCAUUAGCUCGGAUUCGUCUAUCUUUGAUUUGGGUAUCACCUCAUUUAACCUCAUCCUGCUCAAGGCCCUGAUCCAAGAGGCCGUGCAAGCACCGAUUGACAUUCCCAUGUCAGACAUAAUGAUGGAGCCCACGGUUGCUGGCAUCGCCUCAUCUGUUGAUCGACUCCUUUCGCAGCCUCCUGUCUACAAUCCUAUUGUUCCACUACAGCUGCAUGGAACCAAGAUCCCCCUUUUCUUGAUCCACCCCGGCAGCGGCGAUAUCCUCGUUUUCAUCGCACUUGCAACACAUUUCCCCACAAGGCCUGUCUACGCACUUCGCACUCGCGGUUACAACGCCAACGAUUCUCUUUUCGAGACAAUGGAGGAGACCGUCGACACUUACGUGGAACAUAUCCGUAAAGUGCAACCCCACGGCCCAUAUGCGGUAGCCGGAUACUCACUCGGGUCCACGCUUGCCUUCGAGGUAGGUAAGAAGCUAGAGGCUCAGGGGCAGGAGGUCCGCUUCCUGGCCAGUAUUGACUACCCACCCCAUAUUGCGCAAUACGUCCGAGGCCAAAACUGGCUGGACGUGCUUCUGCAUAUUUCCUUCUUCCUUGAGCUCAUCGACGAUGAGAUCAUGGCGCGCGCCACCGUUCACAUGCACAGCCAUGACAUGACCCGCGAGGAAGCCCUGAAAUAUGUACUGUCCAUCAGUGACCCCCAGCGAGUUCAGGCUCUCCAUCUCACUCCCGAACUGCUAGAACGAAUUGGUGAUAUCGGGGAAAAUUUCAGGGUCCAUGGGGAGGCAUACGAACCCGUCGGCAGUGUUGAUCAUUUGGAUGUUUUUGUGGCUGAUCCGCCAGGAUACGCGGCAUUAAACCGGCAAGACUGGAGAGACAACAAACUUGGACGGUGGGUUGACUUUGUGAGGAGCGAUGCUGAGUUCUAUGAAUGCCCCGGGAUCCAUGCAAAUAUGCUCAACCCCGAGUAUGCUGCUGCGUUCGUAAAGCAUUUCAAGGCAGCCAUGAAAUUGAGAGGGGUAUAAAGGUCAUUUCGACGUGGGACGGCAUGGGUAGCGACUUUUGCU